UUCCAUUUUCCACGCCAAAAUUCCCGAUUCCUAUAUCUCAGCAAGUUCUCUUACGCUAUCUCACCAAGACCAAUUUCAGAACGGAUUCAGUUCAUUUCCUUUUCGUAAAUUCUCGCCUUCUUUUCCUCCGUUAAGGUUUCAAUUUUUCUGUAAUUCAAUCUUGAUCUGAUAAUUUGCUCGAUGCCGAUUUAAUUUAAGCUCUGAUCCUCUUUUUGAUUAGGUACUUUUAUUUUAUAUGUAUAAAUCCGUCAAAUUCUGGACCAAAUUAUAGUUUUUUUUUAAGGAUCUGUUGGUAAUUGAGUUGUUUUGGGUUAGGGUUUAAUCGAAUUGGUGGCAGAUGGAUGAUCGGUGUGGUUUUUAUGGCCUUUUUUUUUUUUUUGUGGGGGGGGGGGGGGUUAUUUGGUUGUUUUGAAUUUGAUGUUUGCGUUUAGUGGACGAAAAAACUGGGAUCUUAUAAUGCCUCUUUACCACCAUAUUACAGCUUGCAUAUUUGAAGGUUAAAUUGAGAAUCCCAUUGAAUUGCUGAUAUUUGAUUGGUUGCAAAUACACAUACAAGUUUAUAUAUAUGUAUAUAUAUUAUAUUUCCUGAUUAUAUAUGUGUGGUAUUAUUGCUACGGCUUAUUAACUUAUUGUGAUAAUUGUGUUUGCAUAUGAGAUCUUUGAAAAAUGAUGUGGAGUCAGUAUCUCAGGUGUCAGGGUAGAGGAUAGCUUGUUGCCGAUUUAUGAUUGUUAUCAUCCUUUUGCAUCUGUUUGCUAUGGUGGACUUGUAUUUUUUUUUCACGCAAACUUCAGAUGUUAUAGUUAGUGAAUAAAGAUUUUUCAAUGAUAAACUUUGUCGCCAUAUGUUGUUUGUGUGAUCAUUACAUCUGUUUCCUGACAUAACUGCAGGUCUUCGGACUGAUUGGUGACCUUGUGGCUUGAGAAGUAGUUGCUUAAUUAUUAUUCAAGAACUGUAGUUUCAAGCUUUGUAGUGCUAUCCGUUGCUUCAUAAUUGUUUCAUAGUUUGGAGUUUGGAGCAUUGUAGAGUGCUUGCCUUGUGAUUUUCUUUAUAGAGUUGGGUAAAGAUUCAGUAAUUUUCAAUUGGUAUCAGUCUAACAGAAAUAGAGAUUCAGAAGCUCGGUAGGGAAUAUAUUUAGAGCUCCUCCUCUUGUAUUUUUCAAGAUGGCUGGUGUCAAUCGAAGAAUUUGUACUGAUUCAGAUAUGCGUGCUCUUCACAAAGAACUGGAUGAAAUUUCAUGCCCCAUCUGCAUGGACCACCCCCAUAAUGCUGUUCUCCUACUUUGCAGCUCGCAUGACAAGGGUUGCAGGUCUUAUGUAUGUGACACAAGUUAUAGGCACUCAAACUGCUUGGACCGGUUUAAAAAGAUAAGAGCCAAUAAUAGGAACAAUCCAACUCCAUCCAGUUCUUUAGCACUAAACUCGAACAAUUUGAGACCAAACUUGAAUGAGGAUAAUCAAAAUCACAACCUAAAUGAAAGCAAUGCUGUUAUAUCUGUUGAUUUGCAUGGAGAACCGCGAGAAAAUAACACUCGAGAUCUAAAUAGGCUUUUAGAAACACAGGAAGGCAUUGUGGAGGCUGUUGAUUCAGAGCCUUUAAGAGAAAGGGUAGAAGUUGAUGAGUUUGGUGUGGAGAAUUCAUCAGAGUCCGAUUUGAGCUUGAAAUGUCCUUUGUGCAGAGGAACUGUUCUUGGCUGGGAGGUCGUAGAAGAGGCUAGAAAGCACCUUAAUUUGAAGAGAAGAAGCUGCUCCCGUGAAUCCUGCUCAUUCUCCGGCAACUACCAAGAACUCCGCCGACAUGCUCGGAGGGUUCAUCCUACCACUCGACCAUCUGACAUCGACCCAUCUCGUGAACGAGCUUGGCAACGCCUUGAGCACCAAAGAGAACUUGGUGAUGUCGUCAGUGCUAUCCGUUCGGCAAUUCCUGGCGCUGUCGUGGUCGGGGACUAUGUCAUUGAGAAUGGAGAUAGGCUAGGCGGCGAAAGGGCCGGUGGUGACGCUAACGGACCAUGGUGGACAACUCUGUUUCUGUUCCAGAUGAUAGGCAACAUGGACAAUGCAGGGGAUCACCGAGCUCGGCCAAGGGCGUGGACAAGGCAUAGGCGCUCAGGCGGAGCCAAUUCCGAUCGCCGGUUGAUCUGGGGUGAGAAUCUGUUGGGUCUUCAAGACGACGACGACGAAGAUGACCUUCGAAUACUUAGCGACAAUGGAGAAGACACCUCUCCAGCCCCUCCUAGAAGGCGUAGGCGUUUGACACGGUCAAGAUCAGAUGAAGAUCAACCAUGAGUCGUGCCAUUCCUAUUGCCGUAAUGUGCAGAAAGCUGUGUUUCACGGCCUUUUUGUGGUAGGGAACUUUGGUUUCAGAAAGUCAAGAAAAGCCCAGCAGCUCGGUUAAAAGUGUGGGCCUGGGUAUUGCUUGUGUGAAGAUAAAUGCAUGUAUGUGAUGGGAGUUUGAAAGGGGAUUUUUGUUUAGCGCCGAUUCUCCAACAACAUAGGAGUGGAAAGAGGUGGAAAAUUCUGCUCGCUGGGGGCUAAAGAGAGUCAGCAUCAUUGUGAAUGUUUAAAAUUCAGUUGGAGAUUGUUUUCAUGCAAUUACGCGUUUCUGAUUACCGUUGUUCAACUUGUAUGAUAAGUUCAGUUAAUUUCUUUUUCUUGUAUCGUAUUGAUUCCGUUUUAUUGGUUCUUUGUAUGAUAAUCUGUUUUUCAAAUUGAAUAA